AUGUCCUCCCUCUCUCCCUCUCUCCCGUCACACCCCCCUCCUCCUCCUCAUCCCUCCCAUGUCCUCCCUCUCUCCAUCUCUCCCGUCACACCCCCCUCCUCCCUCAUUCCUCCCAUGUCCUCCCUCUCUCCCAUGUCCUCCCUCUCUCCCGUCACACCCCCCUCCUCCCUCAUUCCUCCCAUGUCCUCCCUCUCUCCAUCUCUCCCGUCACCCCCCCCUCCUCCCUCAUUCCUCCCAUGUCCUCCCUCUCUCCCGUCACACCCCCCUCCUCCCUCAUUCCUCCCAUGUCCCCCCUCUCUCCAUCUCUCCUCUCCCGUCACCCCCCUCCUCCCUCAUUCCUCCCAUGUCCUCCCUCUCUCCCGUCACACCCCCCUCCUCCCUCAUUCCUCCCAUGUCCUCCCUCUCUCCCGUCACCCCCCCUCCCUCCCCCUCAUUCCUCCCAUGUCCUCCCUCUCUCCAUCUCUCCCGUCACACCCCCCUCCUCCCUCAUUCCUCCCAUGUCCUCCCUCCCUCUCUCCCGUCACACCCCCCUCCUCCCUCAUUCCUCCCAUGUCAUCCCUCUCUCCAUCUCUCCCGUCACACCCCCCCUCCUCCCUCAUUCCUCCCAUGUCCUCCCUCUCUCCAUCUCCUCCCGUCACGUCCCCCCUCCUCCCUCAUUCCUCCCAUGUCCUCCCUCUCCCCCGUCACAUCCCCCCUCCUCCCUCAUUCCUCCCAUGUCCUCCCUCUCUCCAUCUCUCCCGUCACCCCCCCUCCUCCCUCAUUCCUCCCAUGUCCUCCCUCUCUCCCGUCACAACCCCCUCCUCCCUCAUUCCUCCCAUGUCCUCAUCCCUCUCUCCUCUCUCCCGUCACACCCCCCCUCCUCCCUCAUUCCUCCCAUGUCCUCCCUCUCUCCCUCUCUCCCGUCACACCCCCCUCCUCCCUCAUUCCUCCCAUGUCCUCCCUCUCUCCCGUCACACCCCCCUCCUCCCUCAUUCCUCCCAUGUCCUCCCUCUCUCCAUCUCUCCCGUCACACCCCCCUCCUCCCUCAUUCCUCCCAUGUCCUCCCUCUCUCCCGUCACACCCCCCUCCUCCCUCAUUCCUCCCAUGUCCUCCCUCUCUCCCGUCACACCUCCCUCCUCCGUUUCAACCCCUGUGUUUCUUUCUCCAUGCAUUACAACAACGCUAUACCUACAACUUUCGCCUUGUUUAUCCCUUCUGAAACUUGAAAAGUGCAUUUGA